UCGAUCGUGACGUGGUUGGUGUGGCUAGAAAGAGACGAACUGGUCAUAAUAUUGAUAACUUUCUACAGGUCGUUCACUAAGUUAUUAUGGAAUAAUUCAGUUGGCAUUUUAUUCUCAACAGUUAACAAACCAUUUAGUGCAGUCUUCUCUGGCAUUGAGACCUCUAGGCUGCUGCGCUGGGACACGCCAGUCAUAGCCCUGGGACUGUCUGCGUCAUCAUGAAGCUGUACAGCCUAAGCGUUCUCCACAAAGGAGCGACUAAAUCCAAUCUCCUCAAAUCCGCAUAUGACCUCUCCUCCUUCAGUUUCUUCCAGCGCUCCAGUGUCCAAGAGUUCAUGACCUUCACCAGCGCCUUGAUUGUGGAGCGUUCUGCACACGGCAGCCGAGCCUCAGUCAAAGAACAAGAGUACCUGUGCCAUGUGUAUGUGAGGAAUGACAGUCUGAGUGCGGUGGUGAUAGCAGACAGCGAGUACCCCCAAAGAGUCGCCUUCACACUACUAGACAAAGUGCUAGAGGAGUUCUCCAGGCAAGUGGAAAGUAUAGACUGGCCAUCUGGAAACCCAGACACCAUCAACUACAAGGCCCUGGACAUCCACCUGGCCAAAUACCAGAACCCCAGAGAGGCAGAUGCGAUGACCAAAGUGCAGGCUGAGCUAGACGAGACAAAAAUCAUUUUGCACAACACCAUGGAGUCUCUGUUGGAGAGAGGGGAGAAGCUGGAUGACCUGGUGCAGAAGUCUGAACACCUGGGGAACCAGUCUAAAGCAUUUUAUAAGACUGCACGGAAGCAGAACUCAUGCUGUGAGGUCAUGUGAUGUUGCUGACUGUCCUCUUGGAUAUAUCUCUCUUGGCCUUUCUGCUCAUUCUACAACUUCCAUCGUGCCCCAGCCUCCAGGAGACCGAAUGG